AUGUUUGUGACUGCUCGGCGGGAGGUAGCCGCGCAAAGCGGAGAAGUCACUGCUCCCAUCCCCGGCGCUGCUAGUGGCAUCUCCGCGCCGCGCCGCCCUCGAGCAACUUCGGAGUAGCCCAGAGGCAGCCCCGGGAUUUCGGCGGAGCCUAUAAGCUGCCCUAGUCACCUUUCCACUCUAGUGGAAUUGCCAUGUCGGUGAGCGUGAAUCUUACCGGCCCAGCUCCCUGGGGGUUCCGGAUUACAGGAGGAAGGGACUUCAGAAAACCCAUCAUAGUAUCUAAGGUGAUAGAGCAUGGCAAAGCAGCCCUAGGUGAUCUUCGACCUGGAGAUGUCAUAAUCUCUAUCAAUGGGGAGAGUACUUCUGAGAUGCUCAAUGUGGAGGCACAGAACAAGAUAAAGUACAGCUCUGGGCAGUUGCAGCUGCAGGUGGAUAGGUCACAGCAGUUUUCUCCUAGCCAGACCAACGGUGAAAGUUCCCCAGAGAUGUUGGCCAUACGAUUUCAGGAUGUGGUGAGAACCAAAGACAAUGGUCAGAACUCAGUAAGAUCUUCCUACUCAAGCACAGCUUCCAUCAGUCCACGGCCAAGCAGCCCCUACUGUCCUUCAUCUCCUGGGUAUCGACCUGGCAGCCCAUAUAGCCCAGUGAGAUCCAGCCUGUCCACCGAGGUCAGAGGGGAGCCUGUGAUGAACAGCCGCAGCUUCCAAUCGGUGGGGACUUCACUUGGGAUCUCUGAGCAGUCUCCACCACUUCAGGGGCAACAGGAUUCAGGCAGCAGACAGAUACAAGAACAAAGGAACUUCACCCGUUCCAGUGAAUCUCCAGUUACAGUUUUGCCUCCAUUAAAUGGCUCACCUUCUCCUGGAGGAUACUCAUUCUCCAACCCCUGGGAGAUCAGGAAGGAUCAGGAAAGAAGUCCAUCUUUCUAUAACCGCAGUUACAGCUUGGAUACCGAGCCAACUAUGCAUCGUCUGGAAGGAGACUCUGAGGUCUACAAGAUGAUGCAGGAAAACCGUGAAACAAGGGCUCCACCACGGCAAUCCAGCACCUUCCGCUUGCUCCAGGUGGCUCUGGAACAGGAUGAAAAAGAGGGCACUGCAAGCCAGUUUCCCAGCCAGCUGUCUCCCAGUUUGCACAAGCCAGUCAGCAGUUCUGUGGCAGGGAGUGCCCAAAAGCUGCAUAUAUGUGAGAAAUGCGACAGCAGCAUCACAAACCAGGCAGUGAAAAUCCAGGAGAACCGCUACCGCCACCCGUCUUGUUACGUUUGUAGCGACUGUGGGCUGAACCUGAAGAUGCGUGGCCAUUUCUGGGUGGGCGAAGAGAUGUACUGCGAGAAACACGCACGCCAGCGUUACCAGAGCCCAGCGGAGGGCGGCACGGUCCUGGCCGUCUAUUCCCAGUCUUAAGCGAUAGGGGAGCUCCUGGGGCUGAGCAGGAACCCCCUCAGCGAUGCCCCGCUGGAGGGUUCUGCCAAGCAUCUAGCAAAGCUGCUUCUCCCCAAUCACGAUUCAGCCCGUGAAGACAUCUGCAGGAAAGGACGCUUCCAGUGCAAGACCGCAACGAUAACCACCACCAUCACAACUCAGAAUGCCGUGCAGUGGAAGAGGAGCAGAGGGACCUUUGUGGGGUGGGGGGUGUCGAGGGAGGGAGAGGGCAUUCCUCAAGGCGACGGGCUUUCCUUUUCUUGUUUUUUAACUAGCUUGGGCAAGCUUGGGGCACCUUUCUUCAAGGCACAAAUGUUUGCCUAGCACAGGCAUGGACACAGUUGGCUCUCGGCAGCUUCAGGAAUGAUGGCUUGGCUUGAGGCCUUGGUUCCUGGACACACUCUGGAACGUAAUCGUCAUGCCUGUAUUAAUCCUGAUCUGUGGCCAGCAGCUCUUGGACGCAAGCGGCUCUUAAAUACUCCAUUUGGUGGCUGAAGCACCUCUGCCUCACCCCUGCUGCCAGCCUCCCCCUGCCCAUGGUGCAAAUCUAAGACUGAAAGGAAGUUAGAGUCUCCCUGAAGCGCCAGGUCCUGGAUGGCGUGGAUGCAACUCCAAAUGCUGACUCUCUCUCUGAAGCGUCUGUUAAGAUAUUAAGCCAGAUCUCUAUGUGAAAUAUAAUAUAUAUAUAUAUAUAUAUAAGGAUGGAUAAAACACUCACCCCA